UUUUUAAAUAGAUCUUCAGUCGGAAGAGCACUAGACGCCAUGCCACUUUUUCUUUAGAUCUAGGCAUAGACAUAAACAUAUAUUUUAUAUAUGGCUCUAGGUCUAUGUACAUUUGAUUUGCUGGUCUGGAAAAGAAAGUGUUAUAAAAUACCUAAUAACUUCAAAUUUGAAAAUAACUCAAAAUGUUUUCAAUCCUCGUAUUCUUAAAAUAUUGGAUUGUUUAUUCUGCAGCUCAACAGCCAAUGGUAACCUUAACAAAUCAUGAUAUUGGUGACACAUUUAAUAUAACUUGUGAUGUGACAAGGUUUUCUGACCUUAAAGUGAUACCUAAUUAUGACUACUUGGGUGGAUUGUCAGUAUUUAGACAAACUUUCUUGACAUUAACAAAAUUACAGAUCGCUAUUUACGCACCUUUUACUCCUUUUUAUCAAUAUGAUAAUUCGACUUUUCUUAUACAAAACAACCCCCCAAAACAGUGGCUAUUUCAAUAUAGUGGAGGUAAUAGUCUUACAAACAGAAACAAAAUACAAAUCAUUGUGACAGCAGUCAACUUUCAGUGUAGUGAUGCUGGUGAAUACACAUGCAGAGCUGAUUUACCAACUGGUGAAACCUUUUUUAAUAGUCCUGCAAACAUAACAGUUAAAGCUCCAAUUUCUGCUCAUAAAAUCAAGAUUAAUCUACACAAUGGGAAUGAAAGCAACUUAUCAACUAAUAAUGUGAAAGAAAAUAUAACUUUGACUUGCACAGUCACUGGACCUCCCAAUCUCUUAAUAAUAUGGAAACAAACUGCAAAAGACUCAGCUGAAGAAUAUCCAGCAACUGGUGAAGUCAGUAAUUACAACACAUCGCCAUCUAUUGUUUCCACUGGCUGUGCAAUAAGUAAUUAUACCUCUGAACUAGAAUUUGAGCUACAAAAAACUGAUGAUGGAAACACUUACUACUGUAUAGUUUUAAACGAUACUGGUGAACAGAGCAAACUAAACUUCACUAUUCGUACUUUCCCAACUCAACAACCAAUGGUAACCUUAACACAUCAUGAUAUUGGUGACACAUUUAAUAUAACUUGUGAUGUGACAAGGUUUGCUGACCUUAAAGUGAUACCUAAUUAUGACUACUUGGGUGGAUUGUCAGUAUUUAGACAAACUUUCUUGACAUUAACAAAAUUACAGAUCGCUAUUUACACACCUUUUACUCCUUUUUAUGACAAUACGACUUUUAAUAUACAAAACAACCCCCCAAAACAGUGGCUAUUUCAAUAUAGUGGAGGUGAAAGUCGUACAAACAGAAACAAAAUUCAAAUCAUUGUGACAGCAGUCAACUUUCAGUGUAGUGAUGCUGGUGAAUACACAUGCAGAGCUGAUUUACCAACUGGUGAAACCUUUUUUAAUAGUCCUGCAAACAUAACAGUUAAAGCUCAAAUUUCUUCUCAUAAAAUCAAGAUUAAUCUACACAAUGGGAAUAAAAGCAACUUAUCAACUAAUAGUGUAGAAGAAAAUAUAACUUUGACUUGCACAGUCACUGGACCUCCCAGCCUCUUAAUAAUAUGGAAACAAACUGCAAAAGACUCAGCUAAAGAAUAUCCAGCAACUGGUGAAGUCAGUAAUUACAACACAUCGCAAUCUAUUGUUUCCACUGGCUGUGCAAUAAGUAAUUAUACCUCUGAACUAGAAUUUGAGCUACAAGAAACUGAUGAUGGAAACACUUACUACUGUAUAGUUUUAAACAAUACUGGUGAACAGAGCAAACUAAACUUCACUAUUCGUACUUUCCCAAUUUUACCUCAACAACCAAUUGUAACCUCAACACAGCACCGUGUUGGUGACAUAUUCAAUAUGACUUGUGAUGUUACAAAGUUUCCUGGACUUAAAGUAAUACCUAAUCAGGACUACUUGGCUGGAUUGUCAUUAAUUAGAAAAAGCAUUCAAUCAUGGUAUACAGAGAUCGCUGAUUACAAACCUUUUUCUACUGUCAAACAUAAUAAUGAUAACCUACCAAACCAGUGGCUAGUUCAAUACAGCGGAGGUGAAAAUUCCACAAACAGACAAACCAUCAGAAUAAUUGUGACAGCAUUCGACUUUCAAUGUAUUGAUGCUGGGACAUACAAAUGUAAAGCUGAAUUACCAAAUGGUGACUUUGUUUUCAGUAGACCUAUCGAAAUAACGGUCGAAGCUCCGAUUUCUGAUCAUAAAAUCAAGAUUAAUCGACUCAAUAGAAAUGAUAGCUACUCAUCAACUAAUUAUGUAGGAGAAAAUAUAACUUUGACUUGCACAGUCAUAGGUCCUCCUAGUCUUUUAAUAACUUGGAACCAGACAGCAAAAGGCUCAACAAAAGAAAAUCCAGCAACUGGUAAAAUCAGUUCUAACAGCACAUCAGAAUCUGUUGUUUCUGAUGGAUGUGAACUUCAUCAUUAUUAUUCAAAACUAGAAUUUGAGCUCCAAGAAAUUGAUGAUGGUAACACUUACUACUGUAUAGUUUCAAACGAUACUGGUGAACAGAGCAGAGAAAACUUCACUCUUCGUAUUAUCCCAAUUGUGAAUUCAACAAGCCAAUCAGAACCAAAACCACAACCCCAACCAGAACCCCAACCAGAACCCCAACCAAAACCCCAACAAGCUGGCUCUGGUAAAGUUGUCUGGUUGUUAGAAGGAUUAGUUGUUUUGGCAAGUGCAGCUGGUGUAAUCUACUAUUUCGUCAUUAAAAAGAAAAAUCAAGAUAGAAACUCUCAAGUUUCCUCUAAUCCUGAAGGAUCUGUCGAAUCCAAUAAUAUUGAAGCUGAUAAUUUUUGGCCCACCUCCUUCGACACAAGCCCUCAAAAGAUAACAUCAAAAGCUUCACACCACUCGGAUUAUGUCUAACUCCAAUGGGCACCUUGCUUUCUUUGUGCUGACAACAUCAAGAUGACACUCUAACCGUGGGUCUAAGAAACACGGAACCUAUAUAACAUCUGCUCCAUUGAUCUCAAAAUCCCGUUGUUGUUUUUUUAUUGAAUUAAAACAUAUUAAAUAUAAUUAUUGUAUGCCAAAUGAAAUAAUAUAAAAUGCCAAAUAAAAAAAAACAGAGCUGAUUCUAAAUGUGUUUCGUAAAUAAAUGGAUGUGGAAGUACUUUUUAAUCAUUUUAAUUUUAAUUGCUAUUAAACUUUAGCUGUUUUUAAGAGCGUUAUUACACUAGAACCUUUCUUUAAAAAACAUGACACAUUUAUUCAUUAGGGUAUUUCACAACCAAACAUUACACUUUUGUAUGUAUCCGAAAUUGAGAGACGAAAUAAAAGAUGUCGAACGUG